GCGUCGGCAGAAAUCCUUGAUUGGAUCAUACUGUGCAAAAACUGACAGGGACAAGAAUGAUAUCAACAAGAGAAAGACGAGAGGUUGAAGCCGUCGGGAAAACAUCUCUCCUGCUCUUUACGUCAGCGGCCGCCCGAGCCGGUGGGGCCGAUGGUCCGAAGUUCGAGAAGGAAAGGCGCGUAGAGGCAAAGCCUGAGUGAGGCAAGUACGUGGGUAGGAACUAGGAAGGAGGGAAGUCUGGGUUGUGCGACUUCCGGGUUAUCGCUCGAAGGAAAAUGGAAAAACAAACGCUUCAACACAUGGCCACAAAGCGAGAAGAUGUCGUCGGUAGGGUGGAGAGAAAACGCGACAGAUAGGCACAAGCACAGCAGGGUAUGGAAAGACCUGAUCCGGAAAACAAGGCCCCGGAAACAUUGAUAUCUGCAGAGAUGCUCACUCCGAAUGUCGUGGCACCCCGGUUUCCGACGCCCCAUCCCGCAGCACACGAGAUACCUCGCAUUGGGCUUCGACAGCUGUCUUGUCCUCCCCAUUUCAGCUUCUGCCACCCGGUGGACAUUGGAGGGGCAUCCGAGGAGGUGGAGAGAAAAGCGCAGCGGUGGCGUGGUCGACAGCUUUUCAAAUCAGCGUCGGGAGAAUUGAGGUCGAGGUCAGAUGUGAUUGGUUCAGGAAGCGUCGGGAUGGCGAAGCAAGCCGGAUUAAAGACAGAGAUUGGAUGAUCACUGCUUGUGCGACAUAGCCACUCUGAACCUCGACAGCAAUCACAGUCAACCACACCCUUCAUGGUCCACUCGAAAUCAGCCCUGACACUCGUGGCGUCUCUAUUACCGGCUCCCCGCAGGCAGCUACUGCGGUCUCGAACCUGGCGCGUGGGAGCAGAGAGACAACACAAAAUACUGAACAGCCAAUACCAAGUGCAGGUAUAUGCUGCCACCUUGUGCCCACUAGGCGCUUUUUGAAUAAGACUUCAUCAGCCCUACAAAAACGUCUUCCUCCGAAUAGGAACAAAUGAGAAUAUCGAUAUGGAAGCAAAGGACUUCAGGCCAUUUAUUAAACGCAAACCGUCUCGAGCAGGUCAGACUAACUCUCUCUAGUCAUAUGAUUCAAUUUCAACAACAAGAGUUCCUCCGAAGCCCGCAGACCACCUUUCUGACAUGAACAAACACACCGAACAGGCCUGUGCCACCAUCCAGGUCUCAGAGUCCUUUCACACCAACUCUUAGCAGGUGCCAGUCAGAAUUGAGCUUUUCCUGAAGCGCAUCGUGCUUCAGCUCAUUUACAUCCCACCAGGCUGCCAGCAAUCGGCCAUGCAGGAACUUGGCCGCGGGUGUGGCCGCCCACACGGCAAAGUUACCAGGUAACGCCGCUGUUGCCAAGUUAGCCUCGACCCCCUCAUUAAUCCAAGACCUGGAGAGACAGAACAUACCAUCAUCCCACACAUCGAUCAUGUCCUUGGUGACGCCACCUUCUCGGGCCCCAUCUGAGUAGAUGGCACCGGGGUGAAAGCUGAUCAUCUGCAGCCUUGCUGGGUCUACAUCCCUGGCAAUUUGCUGAAACAAAACUUGGCCGGCAGUUUUCGUUGCCCCGUACGUGGACAAGAAGGGGUUUUCAUUGUCCAGGUUAUGCACCAUGGAGGAAGAGACACUGACCAGAUACUACAUGGAACAUCAGCGAGAAGGUUUGAUCAUGGUUUGGAACAUGUCGCUUACCUUUUGCCUUUUACCUUCCUGGUUAUCAAAUCGCUGGGUAUGGUCCAGAAGCGAGCGAACGUUGACCUCAUAUGCCUUCCAUACUAGUUCCAAGUUGGCUUCCACCAGUGUCCCGCCAGGGCCCAGAGCUACGGCGUUGAGCACCAAGACAUCCACGACAAUCCCAUCCUCCUUCAAUUCAGCCCACAGCUUCUCGCUUGCUUCCAGGCUCGAAACAUCUGAGGAGUAGCCGCUGAUUUUGGUGUUGGUCCUCGCAGUCCGAGCCUCAGCUUCAAGUCGCUUGACGCCGUCUUGGAGGAAUCCUUGGCGCCGACUAACGAUAAUGACAUGCGAGGACGAGGCCUGGACAAAGGCCGUCGCGAUAGCAAACCCGAUGCCACCUGCGCCGCCGGUGACGAGGACUGUUUUGCCCGCUUGAUUGUUUUCGGGUUCGAGAGGGGAAAUUGCUGGAUUUGGAGCCAAAUAUGUGUAAAGGAAUGCGACCAGCACAACUUAAUAAGCGGUGGACUAGUUGCGGGCUUUCUGUGGCCGAGAGAGCGGAUGAGUUGCGCGUUAAUCGCAAAUGAUUAUGAGUUUGAUAAAAAAUCUGGCGUUGUUCCGAAUGGCUUGCGGGCGAGAGCGGGUUUAAGCAAACCAGAGCCUCUCAGGUCUGACCCGCGCUUAGGCCCGCUCCUUGCUAGAUCAGGUUGCUCAGUCAGCACUUGGCGCGGUUCUCGAGUAUCGGAGCGCUCUAGAUUUACCCCCGCUCAUCAAACCACCCGACUAUAUGUUGGCUUUUAUCUAAGGCUGCCUAGGUUUCCAGCUGUUAUCGAAAUGAGCGGGUCGCCUUCAUCAGAUGCAACAUCACCACCAAGGCCACGGCUCCGGCGUAAUCGGAUAAGAAAAACAUGCAUCCCCUGUGCGAAGUUGAAGAGGAAAUGCGACCAGUCUACGCCUUGGUGCAAGAGAUGCGUCGAAAAAGAGAUAGUUUGCGUCUAUCCACCUCGUCGUGGCGGAGCAACGUCACUGCCAAUUGCUGACGACGACGAGGUUGUCUCACGGCUACUGACUGAGCCUGAGAGAGUUCCGGGAGCCUCCUCAACUCUAACCAGUGACUGGUUCAGUACAGAAAAAGGCAAGCACCCAGACAUAUCACAAGCACGAACAGACCUCGAUCCGAGAUGCCCACCACUGUUGUCGCCCUAUCAAUGGUUUCUUUCUCCUGGAUCUUGGCGCCGUUCCACCCUGUUGGAUGCGCACAUCAUGAGCCUGCCGCCCGAGCUCGAGGUAGCUAUCAGCCAAGACUCUCUUCCCAACUUUAUCGACAAGCACCAACAAUGGCUCCAACUGUGGGUAAAAGAGGGCCACAGUCCUCUGAUACACCGCCAUCUCUACCGUGACUUGAUGCCCGAGUGUAUACGAGAUGCCUACACGGCGAGAGCAGCUUAUGAUCUGGCGGCCACCCCAGCAGCCAAAGAACUGUCCUUACGGAUCAUUCAAGAUCGAGCAGCAGACCUCAUUCAGAGCCAGCCAGACUCUCAUCUCGACCACACAAACAACACAAACACGAAUCUCCCUCUGGAAAGCCUCGAUGCAUCAAACAUCAUGCUGGGCACUUUCAACCACCUAGCCCGGACGCAAUCUCUUUUCGUCUACGAGUUAACUCAGCUCUUUGACGGGGACAUUCGCUCCAGAGACCAUGCAGAAUCGUACAUGGAGACGCUGCACCGCUGGGCGUGCCAGAUGUUGGAGAGCGCAAGACUGGAUUGCACCACAGGCGAGGUGUUUGAAGCCUAUGCGUCGUCUGCGUCUUCAUCUGGCUCGUCGCCGUCUGGCAAUAGUGACUUGAUACGGGGCAGCAAAACAGGGAUCAGUUCAAACACGUCUGUCGGUGCCAUCACCCCGCCGAGCAGCACGCACAAUCCGUUCGCCCUCCCUCCUAACCCAGCACCGCACACACUCUGGCAGGUGUGGGUGAUUGCCGAGUCGGUGAGGCGGACGUACAUUUCUGUCAGUUUUGUCCGGUCUGUGUAUCAGACCAUCAAGACGCAGUGGUCGGUGUGUCCUGGGGGCGCUCUUUUCAGUGGGGUGAAUGGGUUGUGGGAUGCGACGACGGGGAAGGAGUGGUGCGCGGCUCUCAGGAAGGGGAAUACGCUGCGCGGUCAAAAGGAUGGUGAAGGUGCCAUGUCGCCUUGGGCGUUGAUGCAGAGCCUAGAGGUUUGGAAGGUGUUGGAGUAUGCGUCUCCGGACGAGGUGGAUGAGUUCACUGUGGCUGUUGCUGAGAUUAGUAGGGGGAUGGAGGUUGUUGAGCAGUGGAUUAUGGAGAAGAGUGGCAUGAGGGGCUCAUGA